UGAGACGUUCAGCGAAGUGUCGCGCGUCCGUGCGGGAUCGGAAUUCAUCAACUGCGCUCGCAUCGCUGAUGAAGUACGAUUAGACUGCAUGCUCGUCGACACUGAUGACAAGCAAAUGCUGGCGCAAGGUGUCAACUUCCUCAAUCGACGCAACAUCGUGCCUGCCAUCUGCAGUCGCUGCGGUAGAAGACGUACAUUAGCGCAAACAGCAGACACUCGAGAAUUGGAGAGAGGAGGUCCAACUGUUGUUGACAGCUCUGCCGCAAACAUCCCUCUAUUCACGAGAAAUGCGAAUCGAAACGAGAUAAAUGUAGGCACCGCCGAGGUGAUCCGGUCACGAGGAGAAAAUCAGAAUCAAUCUCCUGUCGAUGCACGAGGUUCAACCUACUGGACGCGUUAUGUCCCGUGGACAUUGAGACGUACACUUUCCUUCUGGACUGCUUUGCCUCGUUGGUUUUUCGAAUACAUCCUUUUUCCGCGCGAGGUCGACUUGCUACUGCUGCUGCCGCAGACCAUGCUGCAAAUGCCAUUGCUCCUUCUCGUUUUUGGUAUGGUUUUGCUCCAAUUAACGGGAUUCGUACUAGCGCUGCUUGGUGGGACUCUGGCGGCGGGUGUGAUAUGGCUGGCUACACUCGCGCUCCAGGCAGGCGGCUGGCUCGUGGCGAUUAUCGGUGAGCACUUUGGCUACUUUCUCUCGGAACUCGUCACAGCGGCUUCUAAUGCGUUUUUUGGUGCUUCCAAGGAACAACCAAUUCCUAGCACAACCGUCGCGAGUAGCGCUGUUCCAGCAGCAUCAUCUUCAUCGAAUGGUUGGAGUGAUUAUCUGCUCAGUAGCGCAUUUGCUUCCGAUGCAGCCACUGCGUUUUCCUGGUCUGCCGCAAUCAUGUUGCCGCCGCUGAUCUACGAAGUCAUGCUUGCUUACCGCAAUCAGUUUAUGGCUUACAACGUUUUGGCAAAGUGCAGGCCAGCAGCGGCAUCAGGCACAACUCGGAACAUCGAAAACAGGUGUGACGAGGAUCCCGGUGUCGACCAGAUUGUAGUACAUGACACGGGUGCAAUCUCUGAGCGCAGAAAACGAAAGUUGUUGUUCCUUGUUGUAGGUGGUCUCCACUUGCCAGGUGUGGCAGAGUGUCUGCGGCAUCCAGCUGCAAUUUUCAAGCCUACGGAAUAAGGAAAUAGGCGACAUUCAUCGAUCUUUUUUUCCUCCUAAUGGAAUUUGUUUUAUGAAGAUGAGUUACUUACAUGAUUUUAUUCAUGACGUUUGCUAUCUACGCGAACGCGCGCCAGAAAAUAUAACUCUACAACUUCUAUGUAUUCAUGGCAUGCAAUGCAUGCAGAUGCCACUGCUAGGACUUUUUGAAAGCUGUUUCAUGACAGACGAAAACCCCAAGAGGACAAGAUCAGCAUAUUGAACGUUCUUUC